AUGGCAUACCUUACCAGAAGGUUUCAGAAAAUGGUUCGAAGGAAUGGAGGCAUACUAAAGAGAGGCAGUUCCAGCAAACCAAAGAAUUAUGACCCCUGUCAUAAGUGUGGAAAGACAGGGUAUUUCAUCAAGGACUGUCCUCUUCUGAAGCAAGAAUAUUUCAAGCACAACUCUGAUAAAGUAGCCAAGAGGAACCCGUCAGACGAUGAUGAAGAUGAUGACAAUGAUGAGGUAAACUUUAUGGAUGUUCAGAGGAAUCUGAAAUCCUACUCUCCCAAGAAACUCAUGUCAUUAGCUAAUGUCUUGAUUGAUGCAUAUCAUAGCCUUAUGAGUGAUAAGGAUGCCUUGACCAUAGAGUUGGGAGAUGCUAAGCACACUAGAAAUGAAUUGGUGGUUUGUGUUGUUGACCUGAAGGAAACUAUAGAAAAUCUGAAAAAUGAGAAGGAGUAUCUAACAGAAAAUAUUGCUAGUGUAGAACAUGAAAGGGAUGAUUUAAUGGUAGUUGUAGUUGACUUGAAAGAAACCACAGAGAACUUUAGUAGAGAAAAGAGUGCCUUAGUGGAGAAAGUUUCCAUUACUGAGCAAGAAAGAGAUGAUCUCUUAGUGGUAAUCAUAGACCUAGAGGAAACAAUUGAGGGACUUAAAGCAGAAUGUAGGCCUGGAAAUUCUGAAAAGGGGAAGGAAGCAGCUUCAAGCAGAAUUGGAAAAAGUAAAAAAAAUGAUCUUGAGAAAUCUCUUAAGCGGACCUGGUCCUUAGAUGUUAUUACUGACAUGUACUUUAAUAAUGGUGGAAACAGGCAGGGAAUAGGGUUCCAAAGGGAGAAAGUUCCCUAUAACCCUCAUAGCAAUGGUGAUAUGAGCUGCUUGAAAGCAGUUGAUGAUGAUGCAGAGUUAUGGCACAGAAGGCUGGGACAUGCAAGCUUCUCUCCUCUUAACAAGCUGAUACAGAAGGACUUUGUUCGUGGAUUGCCAAAUUCAAAAUUCAAGGAGCACAGAGUGUGUGAUGCAUGUGCUAGAGGAAAGCAUGUGAAAUCCUCAUUCAAGCCAAAGAAGGAUGCCAGCACAUAA